CUAUCCAAUUGGUCAGGGAAGUUUUUCUGAUGGUAUGCCCCUAGGAAUCUCUGGGACUUUCAAUUUCAUGAUUGUAUUUCAGGCUGAGCACAAUAUUCUUAUGCACCCAUUUCAUAUGUUAGGCGUAGCUGGUGUAUUUGGCGGUUCCCUAUUCAGUGCUAUGCAUGGUUCCUUGGUAACUUCUAGUUUGAUCAGGGAAACCACAGAAAAUGAAUCGGCUAAUGAAGGUUACCGAUUUGGCCAAGAGGAAGAAACUUAUAAUAUAGUAGCCGCUCAUGGUUAUUUUGGACGAUUAAUUUUCCAAUAUGCUAGUUUCAAUAAUUCUCGUUCAUUACACUUCUUUUUAGCUGCUUGGCCUGUAGUAGGUAUUUGGUUCACUGCUUUAGGUAUCAGCACUAUGGCAUUCAAUUUAAAUGGGUUCAAUUUUAAUCAAUCCGUAGUUGAUAGCCAGGGCCGGGUAAUUAAUACUUGGGCUGAUAUAAUUAAUCGUGCUAACCUAGGUAUGGAAGUUAUGCGAUGAACGUAAUGCUCACAACUUCCCUCUAGACCUAGCUGCUAUCCAAGUUAUAGCUACAAAUGGCUAGAGACUUUGUCUCUUAGUAUAUAGAUAGGGAAUCUAUUUAAAAUAGAAUAAAGGAGCAAUUCCGCC